AUGUAUUGUAUACUUCGAAGCGCUGUAGAUACCGGAGAGGGAAAGCGCCUGGCCCGAGACGGACAUCAGCAAGCGAACCGCAGCGAGGGCGGGGGAACCGGAAAUAGCUUGGGGAUCCAAUUUAAAAUUCUGAGAGGACACAGUGACACUGUGAGCUCCUGCCACUUCUGCUUUGAAGACACAAAAAUACUUUCAAGCUCUUACGAUAGAACAGUGAAGCUCUGGGAUGUUGCUAAAGGUUUUCCUAUUCAAGUUUUUGAAGAAGGACAUACAGCUCCAAUUUCUGAGUGCAACUUGAGUGCCGAUGACAAAAGAGUAGUAACAUCAUCAUAUGAUAAUACUGUCAAGGCUUGGGAUAUGGAAACAGGAAAAAUGCUGUGGACAAUAGAACAUGAAGGUGUUGUAACGUCAUGUGAUAUUUCUUGGGAUGGUAAAUAUGUGGUUUCUGGUUCUGACAGAGAAAACGCCAUACAUGUUAUUGAUGCAGCAAGUGCAGCAGUGGUGGCACAUGUCCAAGGUCAUCACAAAAGUACAAUCACAAGAUGCUGCUUUGAUCCUGAUAACCAAAGAGUGACUUCAGUAUCAUAUGAUAAGACGAUAAAGUUAUGGGAUAUGAUAACACGAUCCACUUCAAUUACAAUUAAAGGGGGACACACGAACGCUAUCUCUGAUUGCUGCUUUACCUCAGAUGGUCAUUAUUUGUGCACAGCAUCCUGGGACAAAACAUUAAAAAUAUGGGAUAUAAAGACAGGGGAGUUUCGGUGUCACGGACCUAUUUCCUUGAACCGAGGACAUGAAGGUUCUGUUAGUUCCUGCCUUUUCAGCCAAGAUGCAUCACUUGUUGUGUCUGGCGCCUAUGACAAAACUAUAGCUAUAUGGGAUACAGAUGCAGGCUGUAAAAACCUAAGCUUAAAGGGUCAUUUGGACUGGGUGACAGAUGUUGCAAUUAGCAAAGACAAGAAAUGGAUUAUUUCUGCCUCAAAGGAUUCUACUUUGAGAUUGUGGAAUGUUGAAAAGAUGGAUCAUGUUCCUGCAGUGAUAGAGACCAGAAAAGCAAGAGGCUCAAAAAUAACUCAGUGUGAAGAAUGCGAGAAACCUUUCCUAUGCCUGCAUUGCAGCGGUUCCGAAACCAUAACCAAGUGCGUAUUCUGUCGCCUGUCUUCUCCCGUGAGAAAUAUUUUGUCACUGCCACCUUCUGUUUCUCCUGAUCUUUAAACUCAUCUAGCAGCCCUGAGACAUUAACACAUUUAAAUAUUUAACAUCUUUACGUACUGCAUAUAUAAAGCUAUGGGUUUCCUCUGAACUUGCUUUGCUUUGGUGCUCUGUAUAAAGAAAAUAUGUUGUACUAAUCCAUGGAAUAGUUGUGAUAUCCUUACAACACGUGAAGAAUAAAACCCCU